AGGACUGUAAAAAAACAAGUCAGGAAUCUAGUAAGAAAAGAUCUGCUGCCAUGCCCCCUGGUGGAGUCAAGCCUCGGCCUGCUAAGAGAGUUCUCGCGGACAUCCCAACUAAUAUGCGAGUUACAAGGUCGAGGAAAGUACAAUCACAAAAUGCUGAUGCAAGUGCUCAAAAUGAAGAGAUGUAUGAUCCUAAACAGCAGACACCAAGUGUCAUUCAUAAGCCAAUUUCUUCUAUGGCUUGUGCCAGCCAAGCUGAAGAAUUUGUUCCCAACUUUGAUGACCAUUUUGUUGAAGAUGAUGACCUUGCACAUUGUGAUGAUGGCAACUGGAUGGCCAAUGGAGCUGAUCUCAUUGCCCAUUGUGAUGAUGACAACCAGAGGGACAACGAAGCUGGUGGUAGUACCCAACCUCAUCAGCAAUCUCAACCUGACAGUAACUUUGAAGGUCCACAAUCCUAUGAGGAGCCAAGGGAAAGGGGGCCCAAUUUGGGGAAAGGUCUGGAAAGGAUCACUCGACGCCGGCAGGGCAAACUGCUGCUUCUCAUUCCAGAAGGAAGCUUACGGCCAAAGACACCUCUUCUGGCUGCAAAGUAUGCAAUCGAAUGCAAUGUCACAGUCAGACACCAUAUGCCCGUGUUUAAGCACUGGAAGGAUUACAAGGACCCAAAUGGAAAUGUCAGAGAUGGGAUCUUCAGGAACUUUGUAGGCAAAGUUGGUAACAUGUUUCAGAUGGACCUAGAGGCGGUGCCAGUUAGGAAGGCUUGCACAGAAAUGCUGAAACACGCGACUCACCAACAACGAUAUAGGCUCAAGAAAGAGUAUUUUGAUCCUCAUGCACCCCAUUUGGUGAGGAGAACUUCUCCGGUCCCCUCGAUGACUCAUGACCAGUGGAACGAGCUAGUGGAAAGCUGGAAGGAUCCCAAAAAGACGGGGAUAUCUCAAAUUAACAAAGCUAAUCGAGCUCAAGUUAAGUUCCACCAAACUACUGGAGCGCACAGCUACCCUGUGCACUGUGGAAAUCUGGGAGACAAAUACAAGGAUGAAGAACCAACAGCAGUGGAUUUGUUCAAGGAGUGCCACUACAGCAAGAAAAAGAAAGGUUACACCAAUGUUGUGCUGGAUGCAAUUACCGAGAUGGAAAAGAAGGUUCCUAAUCCUACAGAAGAUGGUUAGGAAUCAAGCUCUGCAACUGAGGCGGCAACCGAAGCUGUAGCUGAAGUGCUUGCUAAGCACACUAAGAAGCCGAGGUUUCUUCAGCAUGUGGGGGUCCAGCACGUCCAUGCGAGAUCCAGUGCUAUCAACCGUGAACUAGAAUUGGCAGCGCAGAAGAUGAAUGUUGAGCUUCGGGCGUGUGUUGACACCUUGACCAAGAAGUUGAAGGAAUCUGAAGAAGAAAGGGCCAGGCAAGAUGAGGAGUACAGGAAGCGAGACGAGGAGAACAGGAAGAAGCAAGCUGAGACGGAUGCAAAACUAGACUUAUUGCUAAGUCAGAUGCCAUCAAGAUCAGCUGAAGGGUAAGGUGUUUGUCCAAAAAGCUGCUGGAAGCUAUAUGAAUGUGGGAUAUGCUGGUGGAACCUAGCUUGUUAUUUUGUCAGCCUUUUGUUAUGCAAACUGCAUACUGUUCGAUGCAAACUAGUUGCAUGUUGGUGCUUGAUGGUUAGUGGAUCUUGAGAUGUAGGCUGAAUGCUAUGGUGGAUGUGUCAUGGAGGAGCAGUACUUGUGUAAUGUGACUUGUGCUUUGUAAUGUUGUGCCUCUUUCUGUCUUAA